GCUGUUUUUCAGUGAGAGUUUAAGGCCGCUGUAAACAUUGGCAAUUUCGUAGGGCAACACUGGUUUUUUCUUUAUCUAGAUACGACAACAGCUGUUGUUUGUUUACAAUUCGACGCCAUUGCUUGAUAAAUUUCCAUAAAAAUUAAACGCUGUGAACAAAUAAAUAAAAAUGUCUGUGAGAAGUAAUAAUUUUUCAACGAGUGAAGUGAGCUUUUUAUUAGAAUUAGUAGAACUAAAUAAAAAUGUGCUGGAGUGGAAAGAAACUGAUCGAGUUUGCGCAGAGGAAAAAUUGAAAGUGUGGAAGGAAAUAGAGAUCGAGUUCAACUCAAAGUUUAGUCAAGUGUAUAGGAGCUCAAAGGUGCUGAAGACGAAGUACGAGAAUGUGAAAAAGGACUCAAAAAAGAGAUUAGCUGCAGAAAGGCGUGAUAUUUAUAAAACCGGCGGUGGAACAAGAGCUUCUAUACCCAGCACAACAAUAGACGGGAAAAUGCUGAGCAUUUGCCAGCCUGAGCAAAUUGCGGGCAAUGAAGCUAUUUAUGAUGAUGACGCAUUAGAAAUAAUUGAAGAAACUUGCCUUGUGGAAGUUUCAGCGGAGAUGGAAGAAAAUUUAUCCGCAUCCCCCACUGAAAAUUGUAGCUCUGAACUAGAGCAGACACUAGGUAAAUACAAAUUAGCAAAAUGUUUAUGUAUGUAAAUGUUUUGUGUUUAAAUACAUACUUUUCUUCAAUAGACAAACCUCAAGUCUGAUAUUGCUUCAAAAAAGGCAAAAAAGUGCGAGUUGCAUAGUCGAAGAGCAUGAACUAUCAAAAAAGAAGCUUCAAAUGGAAAUUGACUUCGAAAAAGAGGAGCACACAUGUCCAAAAAAUGGAAUUAGAAAUAGAGAUGCUGAAGUUACAAAUUCAGCUUAAGAAAAAGGAAUUAGGAAUAGGUUUUUAGAAGUUUUAUUUUGAUUUUUAGUUUUGAGGAAUUUUUUUAAAAUUUUUGUGAUAAAAUGAAUUUAACCAUAUCAGUAAUUAUGAAACCAAGACUUGAAUGUACCUCUUAAGUUUAUUUAAUAUUAAGACAAAAAAAGAUAGUUUAGCGUGCAUAGUUAUUAUGUACAUAGAUACAUGUAUUGAUACCUAAGAAUGUGCCUAUUUAAGUUCACCAAUGUUUAGGUGGAAAAAUAUUUAAGACUC